GAUGAUGAUGAUGAUGAUGAUAAUUCGGAUGAUGAUGAUGAUGAUUCGGAGGACGAUAACUUAUGUGAUGAUGUUUGGGUUGAUCAUGAUGAUUCGGAUGCUGCUGCUGCUGCUCAUGAUGAUGAUGAUGAUGAUGAUGAUGAUGAUGAUGAUGAUGAUGAUGUUGCUGAAGUGUACACCUAUUGAUUGA